AUGGAGUCCUCCGGCAUGUCCUUCCUGCAGCUGGAGCAGGUCCACGACAGGUCCUCCAUCCGCAACAGCCAGGACCUGAAGCACUUCGAGGUGGUGCGCCUGGUCCGCAGCCUUGGGCAGAAGCUUGGAGACCAUCAGCUGGUGCUGCUCUCCAGGCGCAUGGACUCCAUGCUGCGCACGGAGGCCGGGGCUUCCGCCGACGUCUUCGAGAAGAUUAAGACGAUGAUCACAGACAUGAUCUCCACGAUGAAGGAGAACCUGCAGGCAGAUGCCACGAAGAAGGCUUACUGCGACUCGGAGAUGGGCAAAGCCAGCGACAAGAAGGCCACGAAAGAGGCGGACAUGGACAGCGUGAGCACCAAGAUCGACAGCGCGGCCUCAAAGUCUGCGUCCCUGAAGAAGGAAGUGGCCGACAUCAACAAGGAGUUGGCGGUGUUGGCAGAGACCGAGGCGAACAUGACGAAGCUGCGGCAGGAAGAGAAGUCCUUGUUCGGCAAGAAGGAGCCGGAGACGUUGAAAGGAAUGGAGGGCGUGAAGACAGCACUGAGGAGCCUGCGUGACUUCUACAAGGCCUCCGGCAUGGAGGUGACUUCGGGCGAGCGCAAGGGAGCCGCGGGAGGCGUCAUUAGCCGCCUUGAGGAUGUGGAGGCUGACAUGGCUAUGAGCUUGAGCCAGAUGCGCUCCUCCGAGAAGACCGCAGAGAUGGGUUUCAAGAAGGACAUGCAGGACAUGAAGGUCGAGCGGUCGCAGAAG